GUUGCUGGCCAGGAAGCUGGAGACCGGCGUUCCGGUCGUGCCUUUGGCCCCGCCCCGCUCGGUGGAGUCCUUGGGGCGCGCUCGGUCAGGCUGGUGAGCUGUCAGUCAUGGCGCUGUCCUCGCGGCUGUGGCGCCCUAUCGGCCUGCGGCGCGGAGCCGCCCAGAGCGUCUGUCAGCUGGCGAGGGCCUGGGGCAGCCGUGGGCACUGUGGCGCCCGGGGAUUCCUCGGCUCCGAGGUGAUAGGAAACACAAGACCUUUCAAGAGAGGCCUUUUGUUUUCAGCUUUGUCUUAUUUGGGCUUUGAAACCUACCAACUCAUUUCUCAGACUGCUGUGGUUCAUGCCACAGCCAAAGUUGAAGAAAUACUUGAGCAAGCAGACUACCUAUAUGAAAGUGGAGAAACAGAGAAGCUUUAUCAGUUGCUCACACAGUACAAAGAAAGUGAAGAUGCAGAGUUACUGUGGCGUUUGGCACGAGCAUCACGUGACAUAGCACAGCUUAGUAGGACUUCAGAAGAGGAAAAAAAAGCUUUGGUGUAUGAAGCCCUAGAGUAUGCAAAAAGAGCACUAGAGAAAAACGAGUCAAGUUUUGCUGCUCAUAAGUGGUAUGCAAUCUGCAUUAGUGAUGUUGGAGACUAUGAAGGCAUCAAGGUUAAGAUUGCAAAUGCCUACAUUAUCAAGGAACAUUUUGAGAAAGCCAUUGAGCUGAACCCUAAAGAUGCUACUUCAAUUCACCUUAUGGGUAUUUGGUGCUAUACAUUUGCUGAAAUGCCUUGGUAUCAAAGAAGAAUUGCUAAAGUGCUGUUUGCAAAUCCUCCUAGUUCCACCUAUGAGGAGGCUCUGAAAUACUUUCACAGGGCAGAACAAGUGGAUCCAAACUUCUACAGCAAAAACUUGCUGCUUUUAGGAAAGACAUACUUGAAGCUAAACAACAAAAAGCUUGCUGCUUUCUGGCUGGUAAAAGCCAAGGGUUAUCCAGCACACACAGAAGAAGAUAAACAGAUACAGACAGAAGCUGCUCAGUUGCUUACAGGUUUGUGACAAGAACUGAGAACUUUUUGGAGAAGGCAGCAAUGUACCUAAUACUUUGCACUUCAUUCAUUUAUAAAGAUGAUGCAUUAACCAUAAUGAUUCUGUGGGUUUUUUCCCCCAGUUCAUUGAUGUGUGACCAUUUUACACAAUAAGUGUACAAAAUUCUGGUUUUCUUCAUAAGUAAAUGGGUAAAAGAAACUGCCACAUUGCCUUAAGAGUGGCAGUAAUACACGUCUCUUGUUCAUACAGACAUUUUCAAUUUGGAACACCAACAGGAAAAAUGGUAUGGGAUAUAUAAGAAUUGCUCACAUCAAGAUGAGAGGUUUUUGAAAGAAACCUUUGUGAAUAGGUGGCAUAUGAGGGAAUGGUUUCCAUGUUGUAACUGACUGAAAGUUGGCUAUCUUAGAGAAAAGGAAAAACAGGAGUUAGGUGUUUAUGAUGUUGUAGGUUCCUAGCAUAAAGAACUUAAGUGAUGUGUCAUAGGAGACAGCCCAGAUAAAGAAAAAUACUGUGGAAUGAUUUUCCUUUUUAAAAUGUGUUAUAGCUUCAUGUAUGGGUUGAAUUUGUCACCUGACAAAUUGCAAUCCUUUAUAGAAUGGAGGGACACAGACUUCAGGGUGAGAAGGAAAUAGAUGUAUUUAACAGGCAAGGUGCUGUCACUUCAGUCUGAGGCACCACCACAGCAAACUUAACAUUUUGUAACACCUGAAACUUGAAUGCCACUUACACUAAAUAAAUGUGAGACUGUGUAUAAGUCUAUUUUCUCCAAAAGACAUGAGAAGUGUAAUGUUUUAAUAAAUUCCAGCAAAAUGUG